AUGGUCAACACUCUGGGCUUGCUGCACGAUGCUGGCCUUAAGGAGGGCUUUCGGGUCCGCUCCCACAUACUGGAAGCUAUCGAUGGGGUCUCACAGUCCCUGGUUGAAUUAAAUGCACGUUACGGCGUACGGCCGUACCCCGAGUGGAAGAUUCCUCCAACAUCGGCACAGCACAUGAGGGUUCCACCCUCUUGGAAAGACUUCCUCACAUCAGGAGGGAUAGCAUCAACCUUGUCCCAUCUAGACGUGGCAGUACUGGUCCAUGCUAGGGCUUGGACUACUCCAACCAUCGUGGCUGAGGAUGAUUUCGAGCUUGUCUGCACCCCGGCUGAGUUCUGGGCACAUAUCAACCUCCUCUUGGGCGACGCUGAUACUGAGUCCCAACAGAGCGGUGUCCCAUGGGAUAUGAUCAUGCUCGGUUCGGGACGACAUCGAGAGGAUGUCUGUCCCCCCCGACCUAUCCCAUCUUCAAACGGCCGACUAGAUGUCGCUGGUUUUAGCUAUCUCACCACAAUGUACCUACUGUCCCCAUGCGGAGCCGGGAAGCUGUCUCAGGCACGGCCCCGCAUUUUGCAUGAUUGUGUAGUAUUCGACGACCUGCAUAAUAUCCUCGCCGGACUAUGUGCCGCAACACGACCCCAUCUGCACCAGAUCUACGAAGACGUCCGAUUGGUCUUGUUGGAUUCGGUCCGAAAGCUCGUCUGCCAGGAUCGCAGUGAUUGUGGGCACGACACUGAAGUCAACGCUGGGCCCCGGAAUAGAAGGGGCAGCCCUGACCUCUGCCUCCUCCCCCCGAAGGCACCGGAGCUACUACGGUAUUUUCGGAUCAUGUUGAAGGGGACCGGUCACUGCGUCCGAUGGCGGCGACGGACAGAAGUCGUUGGAAAGAUUGAGGACGAGCUUUGGGGGACCACAUUGGAGUUUGCGAGAGCUGGUAUUCCUCCAACCCAAAGAGCGAACAACGUUAUAGAAGAUGUCAUAAUUCCGUGUGCACUCCAGUGUUUUGUGUUGUGA